GAUGAGUGUGGAGCAAUGGUGCCCCGAGACUGGUUGACAAUCUCCCGUUCAAGGAGGGCCGCUGCUGAAAACUGCGGAAAUAUGGUUUCCCGAUAUGGUGUUACGAAAGAUGGCGCAGUGGGCAUCGCGUCUAUGCACUGCUUACUGCCACAUUGUGGAGGACCACAUCACCUGUCGCCGCAUCCACAAAAUCCCGCCCCUCAAAUGGCACCCCAUGCCCAUAAUCACGUGCAUCCACACAAUCAUCAACCACCACCACCGCCAAGUCCACAUGGACAUUUGAAUCAUCUUAAUCAUGCACAGCAUCAACUUACCAUUAAUAUUGGACAUCAUCAACAUCAAAAUCAGCAAACGCAGCAUCAACAGGCGCCGCCGCAGUACCGCAUCAUUACAGCGGCAGCUAGAUCGGAUUUUCAUGUUCCGAAUCAGAGUUACGGUGCCCAGCCAGGUGGGCAAGUGGGUGGUGGCGGGGGCAACGUCGGUGUCCCAGGAGGAAGAGGUCCUCCUCUAGGAGGAAUACAGUCUAUAGGACAAACGCAAACAGGAAUUCCUCCAGGUGGUCCUGCUGGUGGACAGCAUCCACCUCCACAAGCACCGACACCCGGUGUUCAGCCACAACAACCUCAGGGUCCAACCCCCACGACAACACCCCCUGUACAUACACCUUCGCCUCAAGAAAUGGGGAAACAGGGCCACUUACAAACCGUUUUCGUUGCUAAUCAACAAAGGCCAACCUCACAAGGUUACUAUCAAACGGGUCCGAGACCUCAGCAACCAAGAGGGAUGAAUCACAGAGGUGGUCAGGGUGGCGGUAGCACCCAAGUUUUAAGCAUGGGUGGAGCUCCUGGCGCGAGUGCUCAACAAAUGCAAUAUUCACAUCCUAAUUUUCCAGGAAUGUACGUCCAAAGUCAACUUUCUAAUCUUCAACCUCAACAUCAACAACAUGUAAAUUAUCCCAUGUCCAUGCCGUUGCGGCCUCCUCAACCGCAUCAUAGUCAAGGACAAGGCCCAUUUUAUCAAUACCCACAUCCCCCAGCCGCGAUUGUUACGAGUCCUUAUUUUUUUUCACAUCAAUCAGGUAAUUUUGCAUUAUAUCCGGUGAAUCAUCCAUUCGUUAGAGCGGCUUCUGCAAAUGCUGUCAACAGUAAUGCGCAACAUAUGCAAGGACAAUUGACAAAUGCUCAGGGAAGUACUGUUGUUCCUCAAGGUACCCUUCAGCAACCUGCACAACAACCCCAGCAAAUGCCAACGAUGAUACCCGUAGCACCAUCGGAAGUAUUCACGGGUCAUAACGGAGGUGCAUCAGGUGCGUCUAGUGUCACAAAUAGAAAUAAGAGAAGGUCGAAUGCCAUCCCAAUCAUCCAUCCUGAAACUGGCGAAUCUGUCAGCGAUCAGAUUUACAAUGAAAUCGCGAAAGGAGUUGUCGAUAAUCGAGAGGCUCCUCAAAUGCAAAACUGCGACAAGGCUGUGAUAGCUGACUUUGCGGCAAUGGUCGCAAAAGCCGCGACCGAGUCAAGUUCCGAUUCACCGGUGGCUUCUAGCGCACCCGAAUCUCCCAAUUCCCAAAUUGCAUCCCAAAGCUUAUCGAACCUUAAAGUUCAAACGAAUUCCACUACUAAUAGUCAAUCUAAUACCGGUCCUCCUACCCCAACACAAACAUUACCAGGCGCUUUAACGUCACCCAGUCAAUCGUUAGGUACUUCUAGUAAUGCGGCUCAAUUAGAAUCGUGCCCGGUUAAAGUGGAUUCAAAGCCACUUCAGCCAUCAAUCAAAGAAUUCCAGCCGAGAGGUGGAAGUGACGUGAAAAUUGUAACGACAACACCUGUCGUCGCCGAACAAUUACACGUACAAUUAAAUUCCACGGCUACAAUUACAAAUAAAGAUAAUAAAAUUCCCACACAGCCUCCAGGAGUCAGUGUACCGGUGGUGAUGCCUGUUAAUGAAAUUGAAUUGAAGAACAAUAAUAAUACCGCAACAGCAGCAGCAGCAGUAGCAGCAACAACAACAACAACGCAAACAACAAUUCAAUCAUCAACGACGAGCUCAAAUACAUCUGAUGUCCUUAUCCCGUCCUCAACUGCCGUGGGUGCUAAUAACCCAGUUCCUGCCAAGGAUCAAUUCCCCAAUUUAGUCAACAAAAAUAAAUCAAGGUCGCCACCACGUGGGAAAUAUCAAAAUUCGAAUAUUCCUGCGAAUGCCAUUACAAUACCUGAGAUGCCACCGUUGAUUAAGGAAUCAAAGGAACAUAAGGAGAGGAAGGCGAAUGAGAAAAAUGCCAAUUCUAGUAGAGGUACUACUCCGACGCCCGUUCACAAUCAGCCGGAGCAUAUUCAUCAAAAGACUAAUGGCGAAACUAGUGAAAAAUCCGAUGUUGAAACACUGCCGAAAAUUGAAACGCAACAGAAGACUACUGACGGCAAAUCUGCCAUGCAGAAGCAGAAAAAUAAGAGUAAACAGAAAAAUCGUGAAAUCAGUCGUAAGGGAGCGGAAAAAGAGAGUGGUUCGGAUAUGGAUGCCUUUAUGAAUUCGGUACCAACUGGAAAAAUAGUGGAAAAUAAACAGACUGAAAUUAAGGAAACAUUACCGCAGAGAGACAGUAAUAAGGAACCAAUUAAAGAAAUAACGAAAGAUAUUAAAGAAAAGGACAAUCAUGAGUCGAAGAAGGAAAAGCAGCAGGCUGUGCCUCAAACUCAUGAAAAACAACAUUCAACACCUGAAAUUCCGAUGGAAAAUACAACGAGCGUAGAAAAAGCACCACCAGCAAUAACAUUUAAUCAUAAAGAUAGUAAACCAACGAUAGAAGAAAGAUCAAAAUCACCAAUUGUCGUUAGUAAUAUGUCACCAAUUCCAAAUGACGUUGUCGAUCAUUCGGUGACAAUUAAAACCGAAAUUGAUCUUAAAUUAAUUGUCGCCCAAAAGAAUGAGGAGAAUUCUAAAGUUUCUGCACUUCGUACAUCAAUUGAGGAAACAGUGACUGUCAUUGAGAAACAAGACGAAAAUGCAGCGCCAAAUCAAAUUGAAACUAUUCCUAAAGGACCACAACUUUUGAAAUAUAAAUAUUUAGAUGAUCAGUGGAGUCCUAUUAAUCAAAAAGGAAAAAAGACUUAUGGCAGGGAUUUCCUUAUACAAUUGCAGGACGAUCCUUACAGUAGAAUUAAACCAACAAAUCUUCCCGACAUGGAAGUUGUGUUGAAGGAUUCGAAAACACGACAACACGUCAGUAGGAAUCGCAGUCCCGAAAUUAGAUCUUUCAAGGAUCAUAAUAUGAGGGGACACGACAGUUUACUUCCUGGUUUCGCCAAGAAUUCGAUGAACGCCAAACUUGGAGGCUUGCCACCAGCGAAUAAGAAAAGCAAUUCUGGAAAACCAAGACCACCAAAUAAACCAAAUAUGGUUAUGCCUAUUUCCCUCUCGUUACGAGAAGAAGUUAAACUUCGAGAAGCGGAGAAUGCGUGGAAACCGACGAGACUAAAGGGUAGCGACAUUGAUAUUGAGGAAGCUAAAACCGAAUCUCUCGCUAAAAAAGUUCGCAGUGUGCUCAAUAAAUUAACGCCUCAAAAAUUCGACACAUUGGUUAGUCAAGUGAGAGCGUUGAACAUUGAUACCAAGGAAAGAAUGGAGCGUGUGAUUAAUCUUGUCUUCGAAAAGGCAAUUGAUGAACCUAGUUUUUCCGUGGAAUACGCACUUAUGUGUAAGGAACUUGCCAUGAUGCAAGUUUCCGGUACGGAUCCAUCUGAUUCAACAACGGCGAACUUUAGGAAAUUAAUUAUCACUCGUUGUCAACAUGAAUUCCAAAAGGAAUCCGACAAUGGUGAUAUGAGAGAGACGAAAGCUAAGGAAAUUGAAGAAUGUACAGAUCCUGAAAAGAAGAAAGAAUUAAUAUUAUUCUGUGAAGAGGAAGAGAGGAGGAUACGCAUGAAGUCUGUUGGUAACAUAAGGUUCAUUGGAGAACUUUUUAAACAAGGAAUGUUGACAAAGAAUAUUAUGCUUUUCUGUAUAAAUCAUUUAUUACAAUUCCGUGAUGAGGAGAAUUUAGAAUGUUUGUGUAAAUUAUUAACGACAAUAGGAAAAAAAUUGGAAUCUAAAGAUGAAUUGAAUGAAUAUUUCCAAAAAAUGCAGGCCAUCGCAAAUGAUAAGGGCCCUGGAAAAAUAAGUUCUAGAGUUCGUUUCAUGCUCAAAGAUGUAAUUGACUUGAGGGCGAAUAAAUGGGUGCCAAGGAGAGAUGACAGUAAUCCUAAGACAAUGGACCAAAUUCAAAAAGAGGCAGAAACCGAACGAUUAGAUGCCCAACUCAAUAUUCCUCUUAAUACCCCACGAAAAGAUGAUCGGAACGUUGACCGACGAAGAAAUCGUGGAAUGGCAGGGUCUUCCGAAGAUGGUGGUUGGAGUCAGCCAGUUCGAUCGAGAGCUUCAUACUCUUGUGAUACUUCGAAACUAAAAACUAAACCUCCUCUAAUGGACGAUCUUCAAUUAGGAAAUAGGAAUACUUAUACUAUGUGGAAUAAGAAUAUUCCUUCUGUAGGAUCCACAAAGAUGCAGAAUAAAUUUUCAGCCCUAGAAAAUAUUUCAUCGUUUGAUCAAGAAAAACGUAAUCCACUCCAACUUUCUGGAUCAAAGUCGAUGGGACCACGAGAAUGUGGCAGAACUGACUACAAAUCCGCUUAUGAUGGUAGAAGUUCGCGAAAUGGCAGUAGCUACCAAUUAAGUAGUAGUGGUUCCUUGACUAGAGAGGGAAUUCCUCCACUUGACAGUGGAAGAAGUCAAAGUGUCACAAUGCCUCCUCAGAGCAAACCAGCUCCACAACCUACCUCUAUUAGUAAUAAACCAGAAAAAUCAUUUGAUGAACUCCAAAAAAUUGUUCAUAUGUUCGUCGAGGAAUAUAUCACCGAGGGCAAUGGUGAAGAUGUUGUACUCGAAGUUAAACAACAUUUCCCAACUUCACAAUUGCCAGCAGUGGUUCGCGAAAUAGUUAACGAAGUUCUCGAGAAAUCUGUCAAUGCACGUGAAUCAGUAUCGAAACUAUUGUCCUUCCUUAUCACCAAGAAAUCAAUUACUUUGAACGACUUCCGAAAAGGAUUUGGUGAAAUUCUUGAAUCAGUCGAUGAUUUAAUAAUUGAUAUUCCGAAAAUCCUGUCUUACUUCGCCGACAUUUUGGUUCACCUUGUAAUUGACGAAACUCAUCCGCUUGCGGAAUUGCCCAUUACCUUGGCUAAUUUGAGAAGUACAGGUCAAAGUGGGAAAUUAGUAGGUGAAUUAUUCUCAAAAAUUUCUACAAUUUGUGAACCAGAAUUCCUUGUUGAAAAGUGGCUUCGUAGUAAACUCCAAAUAAGUGAUCUUAUUAAUGGAGAACGAGAAAAUAUUGAUGAAAUCAUCAAGAAUUAUAAAUUACAAGCACUCGCAGAAGAGAAGUUUUCAUGUUUUGAACAAAUUCAUGAUCACCUUGUAAAAUUGAUGAAGACUAGCAAUAACAUAGUUGAUGAUGUUGUUAAUUGGGCGAAGAAUAAUAUUUCAGACAAAGUUCUUGAGCCACAAUUUAUUCGAGUUCUCAUGACUGCCAUUUUGGAAGUAUCCACUGUUUGUAAUAAACAAAGACACGACUUCAAGCCUGAAAUAUUCCAAGGUUUGCAAACGCUGAUACAUAGGUUCGUCGAUGCGAAUGAAAAAUUAGAAUUGCAAUGUCUGUUCGCUGCUCAGUCAUUUGCAAAUAAAUUAGAAUUCCCCCCUGGGCUGCUUUUAAACAUUUUUGAUAAAUUAUGUGAGGACAAUGUAAUUUCCUUUGAGUCUUUCAUCUCGUGGGAAACGAAUGACGAUGCAGCUGAACGUGAAGGAAAGGCAGUAGCUUUAAAAGCACUCACAUGCUUUUUCACAUCAUUGAAGGAAGCCGAAGAAGUUUCUGAAGAAGAAACGUCAACUCAAGUGCGUUAAAUAUUGUCAGUGUUUUAAAUGGAGAGUUUUUGACCCAAUGCCAACGUGACGUGAGUUUUACUCUUUAUUCCUGAAUAUAAUUGUGAAACACAUUUUCAGGAAAGUGCGUUUUUUCGCAAUUUAUAAGUGCUAAAAGACUUAUGAGAAUUUUUACCAAGACUCGAUAAAAAUUUAACUUUAACUCAAUUUCUUAGAAGUGGCCAAAAUUGCAGUUGUUUUUUUUUUAUUUUUUAAAAUGGACACAUUUAUCUUAAAAAGACAAUGGAAUAAGUGAUUGUGCCGAGAUGUGUAUUAUAGCCUAGGACAUAAAAAAAAGCCGAAGACAAAGUCGAGGCAAAUCAACGGUUACACUGAAUUUCCGUAUUUGCGAUACGCUAUACAUAAAUGAAGAUAAAAAAAAAAUAUUAACUAUUAAUACAGAAAUAACUGCAAGAUAAUUAUUAUAUAUAAUUGAUUUAAAAAAACAAAGGUUUAAAGUUUAAAUAAAGAAAUGAGAAAAAAAACAAACAAAAACUGAAAAUGAUAUCGUGUUUUUAAAAGUGAAGUUUUUUUCUGAAAUGUUUUCGUGGCUUUUUUUCGUUUCUAUAGGACUCGCGUUUAUUUACAAUCGUCAAAUUCAAUUAAAGCCGCGGUAACAUUUCAAAAUUUUUUUUCAAAAACGAUAUCGCACAUCGACAGAAGUACUUGCUACAUAAACUUUUAGAUAAUCGGGAUAUUAAAAUCGUGUAAAAUCCUUAUAUUUGUAGGUAAGACGAAAACAAACAAAAAAAUGAAAAAAAGCACGGUCUUUACAUGCGCGUACACGAAGCUAUUGAUAACCAAGUCUGAGAAAGAUGAUUCUUCCUAUUACUGUAAACGAACAUAACAGAAUUAAUUAUUUAUAAAUAUUGCGAAUAUGAUCUUAUAUAUAAAUAUAUAUAUUAUAUUGUAACUUUUAAGAGGAGCGAUCGUGAUUUUUUGCGAAUAGAAAGAUUUAAAAAAUGGGUGAGAACGACACACAAAACAAAAACCAAUUUAUCGACCGCGUAAAUUUUUAUUUCCUCAAUUCGCAGUCGCGUCAAAGGCUCUACUAUUUUUUAAAUGAAAAAAAAGAAUAAAAUAAAACAAAAAACGAGUUAUUUAUAAUUAAAGAAAAAGCAAAUAGAGUUGCAAAAGCGUGGAUAUUGAAUGUCUGCGUUAAUAAAAAAAAUAAUCGUGAGCUUUUUUUUUUUAAUUAAAAAGAAAGAAGAUAUUUUUUCCUCGAAGAGUAAAGCCUUCGUGAAAAAUGGUGGUUUUACUUUUUAACUUGGAUUAUAAUAGUCUUGACGAUGAUGAUGAUGAUGAUAAUGAUGAAGAUAUAAAAACCGUGUUCACAUGUAAAUAAGCUGCGUCGCAGCAAAAAACUUUUCAAACUAUAAUAAUAAGUGCUCAUCACUGCAGUGCCGUAUUCUGUAGAGAUUGUUAAAAUAAAUUAUUUCUAUUCUUCACAGUACCGUAAAUCUCUUGUGUCAGGGGGCGGGGGUAUGCGUGCAGAUAUUUAAAUGAAAAAUGAAUAUAUAUCCACAAUAUAAUUCCCUUUAAAAGAAAGAAAAGUAAAAAUAAAAAAAUCGGCAGCUUAUUUCCGUGUAAACUUGGAACCGAAUAUGUACAAGUUGCGUGUAGAUGUAAAGAAUGAUUUUUUUCCCCCGAGCGUAUUUACAGAGAGAAACAGAGUAUUUUUAAAAGAAUUUUCCUUCGUCAAGUUUUUAGUUUGUUUUUAAAAAAAAGAAUCGUUAAAUUUUUGCUAU